UCAUUCCUUCAAAGACAACCAGUGAGGGAUGGGGUAAUGCAAGGGCAUUGAGUACAACGGUAUAAAACAAUCUCGUAUAGUGAACGAGAGCCCAGUGGGCGUCUGUUAGCUGCUUGGAAAGCAAUUGGAUGGGCUGCGCAGUCGCACACCGAUGGAAACGGUGCUUCCUCUUUCACGGCGAUUGCUAAGCAUAUGGUAAUGCCAGUUGUUUUUCGCCCGCGUUUCACAAGCGCACAGAUGAACUGACAGUGAGAGUGCAUACCAUCAGCAGUCAAGAUGAAUAAGAAACUGAAGCUUUGUGUUUGUGCUGGUGGAAUAUUUGUGUGCUACUUCUAUUUUGGAAUUGUUCAGGAGCGCAUAACCAGAGGAACUUACCAGUAUGGUGACAUCCAAGAGAAAUUCACCUAUGUUCUUGCCCUUGUCGGCUUUCAGUGCUUGGUGAACACCAUCUAUGCUGCACUUUUGAACCGAUUUGUCUUACGAACGUCAGAGGAUAACACAAGUCCAUACUACUAUGGUGCUGCCUCUCUCACGUACCUCAUGGCCAUGGUGUUCAGCAACAAGGCACUCCAGUGGGUCAACUACCCCACCCAGGUGGUGGGCAAAUCGUGCAAGCCGAUUCCGGUGAUGGUGCUGGGCGUGCUGCUGGGCGCCAAGCAGUACCCGCUGCGCAAGUACCUGUUCGUGCUGCUGAUCGUGGUGGGCGUGGCCAUGUUCAUGUACCGCGACUCCGCGCCAACGGUGGAUACGGGUGCCGCCGGCCUCGGCGAGGUCCUGCUGCUGCUGUCGCUGGCGAUGGACGGGCUGACCGGUGCGCUUCAGGAGCGGAUGAAGACGGAGUACAAGAGCAGCUCUGGUCACAUGAUGUACCACAUGAAUCUCUGGGGCGUGAUGUACCUCAGCGUCGCCCUAGUCGUGACGGGUGAGCUGUUCGGCUUCAUCGGCUUCGUGCAGCGCCACCCGCACGUAGCCGGCGAGCUGGUCAGCUUCUCCAUAGCCUCGGCCCUGGGCCAGUAUUUUAUCUUCAUGACGAUCAGCGAAUUUGGCCCGCUGCCCUGCUCGAUCAUCACCACCACCCGCAAGUUCUUCACCGUGCUCGGCUCCGUGUUUUUGUUCGGCAACUCGCUCAGCUCGCGUCAGUGGCUGGGCGCCACGGCUGUGUUCGCAGGUCUUGUCCUGGACAGCGUGGCCGGGAAGGCGCCGCCCUCCGCCGUCGCUGCCAACGGUCACAAGGCCCGGCAGCUGCAUUGACGCUGCGCCUCGACGACCGGCGGCCGGCGGCCCGGCCCCGUCCCCGUCCCGUAGCUCGUGCGCGCCGCCGCCCCGCAGUCACCGCUGCUCGAGAGGCCGCCGCUGGUGACCGAUGUUCUGACGGCUUCGAGUGCCGCUACGGUGUGCUGCGUGCGACCGCGGUCGGCCGCGGCCGUGUUUGCUGUUUGGAGGUAAUGGGACGAGUGUCGAAUAAACCACUGCACUCUAUAGCUUCUUUAGGUGGGGGGAACUGGUUCCCGGUUAGGUGACGGGUUAUGCUGGAUAAUUCGUGGGCUGCAGUGUUCGCGGGACGCCGCGGCAGCGUCGGCCGCCAAGUCACCCCCACGCACCCCCAUCCCUCUUUCACCACGUCCGGCGCUGCCGGACGGCCCCCGAGACCCCGAGGGCGCAGUCAGAUUUACCACGGCCUCCGACCGCGGCCGGGUGGUGAUGUUACCACGAGCCUGCUCUCUCCGUGAGACCCUGAUGCCGCUUUGGAUCGUCGCAGUCUGAAGUGGCGCGACCCCGCAGCUGGACAUGGUCACCGCAAUCCUGCAAGGGUUACGGUGACCGUUGUUUGAAUGUUUUACAUGCUAAAAAGCUCUGUGAUGGCGUGUGUGUAGCACUCCGUUGUGCUCCAGCGGUGCUGCGCGGUUUGUGACGUGGUGGUUGCCAGCGAUGGCAGGUGUUGGGUGUGCAGUAAUCCCCAGAGUCUGGAGGGGCGUCGUCUGACGCGGUGUCCAGUGAUGCUGGAUGUUUGAUGUCCAUACCGUAGACGGGCUACGCUGUGCAAAUGGCUACAAAUUGUUAUUGUGGGAUGCGGCUUUUAGCAUCGGGCUCGUCUUUUUUCGCCAUGAUCUUUGUCUAAGGAGCUUCUCAAUGAACGCUUUAUUUGGCUGAUUUAGGCUCAUCUUUAUUGCUAUUGCGAUGUUGCUGGCAUGCAGCAAAAUUUAGCGCGUUCAGUAUCCUUAAGGUGCCGUAAACUGGUCAACUUAACGAUAUUGGAGGCGCGCAUUACAAACCCAGCUGCUCUUGAUACUCCACUAUCAGCUGUUAGCAUCCAGAGGCUACUUCCCAUUGUGAACGCGAGUUGUCGCAACGUUAGUACUAAGAUACGCCCUGCGCCACGACGGGAGGUGGCGCCACUGGAGGGAGGAGAAGCGACGCGACAUUCAUUGGUGUUUAAAUUCAACUCAAAGGUCACGGCGUCGCAUGGUCAGAAUGGAUCUCAAACGCCAACACUGCACCGCUCCCCCUCCCUCCCCCGCCCCUCCCGAAUCUUCAGCCGUUGGGUGGCAUCACCAGUGGCUGGGACAAUUGUGGAAGCGACCCGAAGUCGGAGAAGGCGUUUUCCCCAAAGAUCUGACAUUGUUUUCGUUGGUGUAGGCACAUUAGUUGCGGUGUUUGCGGACUGCCGAAAUGCGGGUUUGGGCGUUACUUUGUGUUGUAUUUUGUACGGCUAUGACUUGGCAUGGGAAUGUUGGUUCGAACAAAUUGUGUUACGCGCGCUAUUUCUCUAAUAUAUGUUUCCACCUUUUCA